AUGAUAUGCCAAAAGUGCCAAGACAAAAUGAAGAUUUGGGAAGAGAAAUAUUUGACAACAAUCCCUUGCCAGCACUGUGCCCAUUUAUAUACAAUGAUAAGUCCACCUCCAGCCCUUAAAUUCCACAAAAUCAAAAAAGGAGGAAAAUCUGAAAUUGUGAUUUCAGAAGUUGAUAAUCCAAAAGUGGCCGACCAGGCAAAAGAAAAGAAUCCUGCCCCACUUCCAAAAGUGGAUGAUAUAAUAAUUCAUGAUUGCCAUAUUCAAGAUCUCGCUUCACUUGUUCAGGUUAAGUUCAAUCUACGCGACAUAUUUAGAGCGACGUAUGUGAUUUACACAAUAAUACAUAAUAUUCCGAAUUUCUUCGAAAGUCGAAUUGCGUAUUCUGACUUUAUAUUAGAAUCAAUUCAAAAAAUUGAUAUAUAUCAAAGAACAUGA